UUAUUACGGAGUAUUUAUUCCGAUUCUCAUCUGUGUGAAAUUUGUUAUCUUCUUCUUCUGUCAAUCACGGGUUUAUCUUUUCUUAAACCUAGACCUUCAUGCAUAUGUCUGAUGUUUCCCUUUACCAUAGACUUCCAUUUCUAACACAAUGCUUGGUAGUCACGGUUUAGCAUUUCUAACACCUUUUUAUUAUUGUCUUUGCUGGUCUCAAGAAUUUAGUCCGGCCAAACUGUUCAUAAGGAACAUAGAAUUGGGGCAUAAAAUGAACAUCUCUGUCUGUCACAUGAGCUUUCGUGGGUUCUCAUCCCUGGCUGGAAUAGCUGCGACAAAAAAAAUUGUGGCUGACGGAACAUUGCAGCAAAAGGUAUUUGCUCCAUAUACAAUAUACAAGGGCAAAGCUGCCCUCUCUGCUUCACCAACACUUCCAACAUUCAGUAAAUCAGAUUUGGGAAGUCUAAUGGUUGCUCGCAAAGGUGUUAUUAUGUUGACAUUCUUUCCAGCUAUUGGUGAGCGCAAAUAUGAUUGGGGAAAGAAGCAAAUAUUUGCUCUGUCAGCCACUGAGGUUGGAGCUUUGCUGAAUUUAGGUCCUGAUGAUUCCUGUGAAUUCUUCCAUGAUCCUUCAAUGCGACAAAGCAAUGCUGGUGAGGUUAGAAAAAGCUUGUCAGUUAAAGCACAUAGUGACAGCAGUGGUUAUUUUAUGUCUCUUAAUGUUGUGAAUAAUGUCCAAAAGACAAAUGAUCGGCUAACUGUUCCAGUUACUUGUGCUGAGUUUGCUGUCAUGCGAACAGCUUUCAGUUUUGCUUUGCCUCAUAUUUUGGGAUGGAAUCGGUAUCUUGAUCCUCAACAAACUACGAUUAAUCAGAGGUCUUCAGGAAAUGUUGCACAUUUUGCCGAGUCUGAAUGGGACAGAUGAAUCUAGAGUGAAUACUUGUCCGAUCUUGUAUUUUGCUGCUGCGCACAUUAAUUAUUUUAGUUUCACUCAAUGGCUCUUGUCUGAAACAGGCAAAUCAACGUAUGAUUAGAAAUUCGGCUUUCAUAUGGAGGGUGACUUUCAGUAGUACAAAAACAUGGACCCAGACUUAAUUGGCAGAUUGAUCUUAUUUUCUUUAUCACCUUUUCCUUGGGAGUAAAAAUUGGAAGGGACGAUUUCAGAGGAUUCUUGUAACUAUUCAAAACUUUCAAAUGCUCAGUUUUAAGUUUUCCUACAUUGAGUUUUUGUUUAAGAAUAACAAACUAAAUGAGGCAAAAUACUGCGGUGCCAACCGGUCUUGAACCGGGUUUGACAUUAUUCUAGACCGGAUUGUGUUUUUACGGUUCCAGGCA